CACGUGACAAAAUGGCAGACUAUGAGUCGGUCAUCUGUGUAAAGUCGGAGGUUUUCGUGUACCGUAUACCACCUCGAACGAGCACAAGAGGCUACAGAGCGUCUGACUGGAAUCUUGCUAGUCCAGACUGGACGGGUCGUCUGAGGAUUACCGCUAAGGGCAAGGAGUGCUUCUUGAAACUUGAAGACAAAACAAACGGUGAACUAUUCGCUCAGUGUCCGGUAGAUACUUUCCCGGGCACGGCAAUCGAGUGUGUCCUCGAUAGCAGUCGCUACUUUGUUCUCAAAAUCGUCGACAUAUCAGGAAAACACGCGUUUAUUGGAAUGGGAUUUGGUGACCGCGGAGAUGCAUUCGACAUGAACGUAUCUCUACAGGAUCAUUUCAAAUGGGUCCAUACGUCUGAUAAAUUGAAGGAAGAAGAAAAAAAGUUGGCUAGUCAACCGAGCAAGGACUAUAGUCUAAAGCAGGGACAAACCAUUACUAUCAAACUCGGUGACAAAAAGCCUGCACCUUCAGCGCACGUGAAGCCAUCUACAGGAGGUUUCCUUCCUCCUCCGCCUGGUGGAUCAGGAAUUCCGGUAUUGACGGCACCGCCAGCUGGACCGACGGUGGCAUCUCAGCAAGGAGGUGCUCUACUUGAUCCAUUCGGUAGCACGGCAUUUGGAAGUACGCAGCCUGCGGGGUCUCAUUCGCAAGCGCAAGGUGGAUCAGACUGGGGAGACUUUACGAGCAGCACAAGCGGAAGCGGAUCAAAUGACUGGGUAAAAUUCUGAUUACACGAUAAUAAUUGUAAAUACGCAAAUUGCAAAAGACAGUUUGUUAGAAAUACCUUCGAUUAUGCCAUUACAAUAUAAGACUCCGAGCAUGCAAUAGCUUAGAGCAAUGUUUGCUAAUCACCCUUUACUCUUGUGUUUCGCCUUCCCAGUUCUUGUAUUCGACAUCCUAGAAUAUUUAUCUCGAUGCUUCACUUGUUGGUAA